UCACCGUGCCGACACCUUUCUUGGGUUCAGCUUUCUUUUUCUCUUUUAAUCUCCGACCAACUAGUUAGUUACUGUUCUAAUUUUCUGUUGAAUUAUGGAAAUGCCUCCCCUCCCCUGGUGUUGCAAAACACUGUUUUUUACGCCUUUCCGGAAGAAAAGGACCGAUUCAUUACCCGACAAUCUGGCGGGGAUGGUAGUGUUGGCGACUUCAAUUUUGUCAAAAAUUUGCUAAUUUCUGUCUCUUGCUUCUCUGCACAAGCCAAAGUUUUCCGUUCCUGUUUGGCCUCUGUCCUUCCCUCUCGUAUUUCAGACUUCGCAUGCGUGGCGUGCUGUUCUUUCCUCUGCCUGGUGUCAUUCAGCGAUUGAUUCUCGCGGCUUGCCUUUAGAUCGAUCCAACUUAUGUUUUAUUUUCCAAGAAAGCAGAAAGACAAAGAUGUGGACUUUCACAUGAUUAUUCUCUUACCUACCGAGCGUAGAAGGAGUCUCAUUUUAUCCCUACCAUGGAAAACCAUGUUGUGCAGAUGACUUCUUCCUGUUCUGACGAAAGAAACUGGAGCCAAAUUCAACAAAAUGAAUUGGGUAUAGCAGGAAUCUGAAGAACGGGGAAUCCUCAAAGAAGAUCCUUCCGAGCGACCUCUCGAAAAUCAGAAAGAUGGAGAAGGGCAACGUAUUGAUGCAAAAGUAUGAGCUCGGGAAGCUGCUCGGACAAGGCACGUUUGCAAAGGUAUACCAUGCUAGGAACCUCGCUGAUGGGAACAGUGUUGCCAUCAAAGUCAUCGACAAGGAAAAGAUCCUCAAAGUAGGAAUGAUCGAGCAAAUAAAGCGCGAGAUCGCAGUCAUGAGGCUGGUGCGACGGCCGAAUAUAGUCGAGCUCCAUGAAGUCAUGGCGACCAAGGCCAAGAUUUACUUUGUGAUGGAAUUCGUCAGGGGUGGGGAGCUCUUCAACAAGGUGGCCAAGGGAAAGCUCAAGGAGGAUCUGGCAAGGAGGUACUUUCAACAGUUAAUCAGUGCAGUAGAUUUCUGCCACAGCAGGGGAGUCUAUCACAGAGACUUGAAACUAGAGAACCUACUUCUGGACGAGAAUGGUGACCUCAAGAUUACUGAUUUUGGCCUAAGCGCUCUCGCCGAAUGCCGGCGCAACGACGGUCUGUUGCAUACUUUAUGUGGAACACCCGCAUACGUCGCGCCGGAGGUUAUUCAUAAGAAAGGGUAUGAUGGUGCAAAGGCUGAUAUCUGGUCGUGUGGUGUUAUUCUCUUUGUUCUGCUGGCUGGUUAUCCUCCAUUUCAUGAUCCUAAUCUCAUGGAGAUGUACAGAAAGAUAACCAAAGGAGACUUCAAAUGCCCACAAUGGUUUCCUCCUGAGGUUCGCAAGCUUCUUUCUAAGGUUCUUGAUCCAAAUCCCAACUCGAGAAUAACCAUGGCUAGGAUUAUGGAGAAUUCCUGGUUUAAGAAGGGGUUCAAGCCUGUUGAAAUUGCAAAGAAGCAGAAACAAGCUCCUUGUGAUGACAUUGAUGCUGCCUUUGAUUCCACAGCUGCUGAUUGCAGUAGUGCAGUUGAGAAGAUUCAAGUGAAACCAACUUGUUUGAAUGCGUUUGACAUCAUUUCUUUGUCUCCAGGAUUCGAUCUCUCGGGCCUGUUUGAGAAAGGAAACAAUAUGAAGCAAGAAUCUAGGUUCACAACCACCAAGCCAGCUUCUACCAUCAUCUCAAAGCUUGAGGAGAUUGCGCAGGCAGAGAAGUUCAUGGUAAAGAAGAAGGAUGGAACUGUCAAACUGCGGGGCAGCAAAGAAGGAAGGAAAGGUCAGUUAGGAAUUGAUGCAGAGAUCUUUGAAGUAACGCCUUCAUUUUAUGUCGUAGAGGUAAAGAAAUCAUCAGGAGAUACGUUGGAAUACCAGAAAUUCUGCAAUCAGGACCUCAAGCCUUCUCUGAAGGACAUAGUUUGGGUGUGGCAGGGUGAACAGCAGCCACAGCUAUAACCAUGACAUGUUUGGAUGUUCUCUAUUGCAGCAAAUGUUCAGACUCGGACUCGAAUCUCAACCCAAAUCAGGAUAGAACUCUUACCAAAGCUGUUGAAGACGAUUAUCUAUAGCAGGAAGACCAUCAGUAUUAGCAUUUCCUUCUAGAUUGUGUAAAUUAGGGAUGUAAAUACUUGUAGCCGGAUAUUGGUUCACGAUCUGCACUAGCUGCUUUUCUGUACUGCUUUUUUCCUUUUUUUUGGGUUCGAUUCUGCUUGCCACAUGUUUAGUAAGUUGAACUUAAAACCUUCAAAAUCCAGAAAGUUUAAGAGCUCAGCGGUGCUAUUGGUGUUCACGAAAUAUAAGUAUUGGUCUGCUUAACCACAGCUUGCUCAAAUAAAAAUGUAAGGUCCUGGUUCCUUUUUUUUCC